AUGUUAAACAGCAGUCUAAGUUCAGCCGUCAGCCUUCACGAUAACUCCUCCAUCCCCGAGGGUUACCAUGGUCCUCCACUGUGGUAUCACUACCCCGAAUGUGAAAAGACUCCUUACACGUUUAUUUUCUACUACGGAGUCAAGGUGUGUAUCUGCAUCGAUCGCUACAUGGCCGUGGUCCACCCAGUGAUUUUCUCCAGAUACCGAGGCAACAUGGCCCGAACCGCCAUUUCUGUCGUGGUCUGGAUUCUGAUCAUUCCCUACAGCCUGACAGACGCAAUCCUUGGAGUCAUGAGCGUGACGGACGUCUUCAGCGGGGUCAUCCUCUUUGCAUUUGCGGUUAUGGUCUUCUGCAACAUCUCUGUCAUCUGGGUUCUCCGUCACUCCGUGGCAGGAAAGGAGGUGAUGCAUCCAGUGAAGAAGAAAGCCUUGAAGAUGGUGCUGAAAAACCUGGCCAUCAUCGUGGUCAACUAUCUGACUCCUGUGGCCACCAUGCCCUUCGUGUCAGUUUACACGUAUAUCGAGUACCAUUGUUUCAUCAGCAUCAUCGUGUUCUCCAUCAUGGAUCUGAGCUGCAUCAUCGAGCCCCUCCUCUACAUCACAAAGCUGGAGAAACUGAACGUUAUGUGCUGCAGGGAGGGCGCUACAGAAAGCCUGCCUGAUGCCAAGGUUUGA